UGCGCUACGACGGCAGACGACAGCCGCAGAUACAGAUACCGGUACGGAUACAGAUACAGAUACGGAGAUACACAGCCGGUCGGACGGACAGGCCCUGAUUGAUUGAUUGCCGAGCCCGGGCCCCAACUCCUGCCCAAAAAAGCGAUAGCCAAACCCAAACCCAAACCCAAACCAGACUCGAUUCGAAACUAAAAACCAAAUUGAAAAUCAAAGUGCUCUCCCUGCAGUCCAGUAUCUGCAACAUCAUCGUCAUCGUCAUCGUCAUCCCAGUCCCAGUAUCCAUAUCUAACAGCGGUCAGCAUCCCAAUCCCAAUCCCAACGGACAACUUCCAGCCGCCAAGCCAUCAAUCAGUCACCGAGUCACCGAGUCACCGCGUCAGUUAGUCAAUCGACUAGCCCACUCGCCUUCUGCCUCUGAUUCCGAUUCUGUUCUGGCUGGAGGAUAUCUUCGGUCGGCGCUUUAGUUUCAGUUCGCAUUUGGACGCGUGCUGUGCGGCCUCGCCGAUAGAGAGAGUCGGAUCGGAUCGGAACGGAAUUCUGUAUUCUGAAUUCUGAAUUCUCAGUUGCCAGUUCUCAGUUCUCAGUACUCACUUGACAAUUCUAUAUUCUGAUUCAGAAUCGUGCGCGAAUUAAUCUAAUAACGUAGCAAGAACCAAAACACUGGCCCACACACGUGUCUGAAGUUCAGUGACAAACCCCAAAUCGGACGUCUAUAUUCCAUUGAAUAUACCAUAUAUAAAUCGUGAAAUCGUAAAACACUUUUAAUCAGCCAGAACCCAAGCGCAGGCACGGCAUAAUUAAUUCGUCUGACCCGCAAAGUUCACCCAUAGCAAAUACGGUUGUGCAAAGUGUGCUUGUGCUCCCUCCAUAAAGUGCGAAAUACUCCAGCCAAGCGGAAAUCUAAAAUAACUUGUAACAACAUGAAGCUGUCUGCAGUAUUCCUGGCAUUGGCGCUGUUUGCCCUCUCGCUGGUCCAGUGCCUCGGCCUGCCCGAUCCCAGCACCAAGUGCGUCAUGGAGUGCGACACGCAGGAGUACUCCUUCAUUUGUGCCGCGGACGACAAGGGCUCCACCAAGUCAUACCGCAAUCUGUGCGUGAUGAAGACGGAGAACUGCCUGCAGAAUGCAAACUAUCAAAAGAUCAGCGACAAGGAGUGCCCGUAGAGCUAUGGAUCCAUUGGUCUGUAGUUCAGCAGAAAUAACUUAAUCGUGGAGGAGAACGAGUGGACGCGGCUUGGCAUUCCGGAGGACUCUUCUUUCUCGCGUGGUAUUUGUGUGUGAUAUUUUUAAGUUGUACUUCAGCGGAAUACAGAACACGCCCCCGAACGUAAUGCAUAAUGAUAAUGUAUUCUAAAAUUAUGAAUAAUAAAUAUUAAAUAAAGUAAUCGUAACACGCAAAGUUAAA